UAACAAAAGUAGACUCUUUCUUCCUCCAUGGAGACGAGAUUUUAGCCUUCCUUAUUUUACGCAGCGCCUCCCAUCUGUUUGAUUCAUUCAAACAUAGACAGAUAGGCAAACAAUAUUUACCAAAAACUCUCUCUUUCUAUUAGAAAGGAGGAGUUUGUUUUCAGGUAACCAUUCUUUGAUUCCCAUCCACGGGCUUUACGUGAAACUUCUCUUGGCAAUUGGAAAAGGAAUUAUAAUUGCUGCUCUCAUUCUUCAUUCUGAUCUCAGGUAUCAGGAUUGAAGUUUCACGCGGAUACCAUUGUACCCUUUUCUUGGGUUUUGCACUUCCAACCAAUCAACUGUCCAAUUGACGUGCACAAGUUUUGCUCAUAGUCAAAAUGUUUGGAUUUAGGAAAUCACCUGCAAAUAAUAAACCUACCAAGCAAAGUUCAGUGAACCCUCCAGCCUCUUUUACCUCUAACCCUUUUGAUUCAGAUGAUGAAUCCAAUGCCAAGCAAACACUUCAUCACGGAAAACGAACUUAUUCUGAGCCCAUGCUUAAUGUCCCCAAUGAUGCUUUUGAUGAUAGAGACGGAUACAAGAACGAUUUCCGUGACUCAGGAGGGCUAGAGAACCAAAGUGUUCAAGAACUGGAGAAAUAUGCUACCUACAAGGCUGAGGAGACAACAAAGAGUGUUAAUAACUGCCUCAGGAUUGCCGAAGAUAUCAGACAAGAUGCUACAAGGACUCUUGAUAUGUUGCAUGCUCAGGGUGAACAAAUCACCAGGACCCACAACAUGGCUGUUGAUAUGGAUAAGGAUCUCGGUAAGGGUGAGAAGCUCUUAAACAAUCUCGGAGGCAUUUUCUCUAAGCCUUGGAAGCCAAAGAAAACCCGGGAUAUAACAGGACCUUUGAUCACAGCAGAUAAACCUUCCAAACUGAACCAAUACAACAGAGGAGAAAGAGAAAAGCUGGGUUUAGCUCCUAGAGGACGUUCAGCUCCUACAACACCUCCUCCUGAACCAACAAACGCACUGCAGAAAGUUGAGGCAGAGAAGGGAAAGCAAGAUGAUGCACUUUCAGAUUUAAGCAACAUCUUGGGUGAUUUAAAAGGCAUGGCAAUUGAUAUGGGAAGUGAACUUGACAGCCAAAAUAAAUCCCUUGAUCACCUUAGUGAUGAUGUUGAUGAGCUGAACUCUCGAGUGAAAGGAGCUAAUCAACGUGCACGCCGUUUGCUUGGGAAGUGAAACACCGGGCAGCGUGUAUCACCUUCAGCUACUGAAUUCAGAAUUCAGUUUACCUAACUUCUGUUUAGCUAUUGCAGCGGCAAGUUUUGUCAAGUCCCAGUUGUAUACAAAGUGCAAGUGUUGUUUCUCUUUCAAGAUACUGUUAAUACAAAAUCUAUUCCUCGCU